GGCCACUAGGGGGUCUCCUCCUCUGUUCUAUCCGCACGUGUUGCUGUUAGAGUCGGAUGCUACGCGAGAUCUGUGUCGGCGUGCAAACCAAACAUGUCGGCGUUCAAGAGAAAACGUGGAAGACAAGCUGCUAAUGCUAAAAAGGCAAAGAAAGCGAAAUUUGUCGCAGAUGGAGGUGAAGCAGCGGUACAAGCUGGAGAGGAGCAGAAGAAUGAAGUCACAGUUCCAGCACCGGUUUCUAUGGGUAAAUGGACCAACAAGGAAAGGGUUCUCAUUUUCUCCUCAAGAGGCAUCAACUUCAGAACAAGACACUUGAUGCAAGACCUGAGGACCUUGAUGCCUCACUCAAAAGCAGAUACAAAAAUGGACAGAAAGGACAAGUUGUUUAUUAUUAACGAGGUGUGUGAAAUAAAAAACUGCAACAAAUGCCUCUUUUUUGAGGCCAAGAAGAAGCAGGACCUCUAUAUGUGGAUAGCAAACAGCCCUCAUGGACCAUCUGCAAAGUUUCUGGUUCAAAACAUUCACACACUGGCUGAACUCAAGAUGACAGGAAACUGCCUCAAAGGAUCCAGACCGCUGCUGUCAUUCGAUCCUAAAUUUGACAAGGAGCCCCACUUUGCUUUACUGAAGGAGCUCUUCACUCAGACAUUUUCCACCCCACGCUACCACCCCAAGAGUCAGCCUUUUGUGGACCAUGUCAUCACAUUCACCAUUGCAGACAACAGGAUAUGGUUUAGAAACUACCAGAUCAUCGAGGAGGAUGCCUCUUUAGUGGAGGUUGGCCCUCGCUUUGUUCUCAACCUCAUCAAGAUCUUUCAGGGGAGCUUUGGAGGGCCUACGCUCUUUGAAAACCCAGAGUUCACAUCUCCUAACAUGCACCGGCGAGAGAUCCGACUGGCGGCAGCGGCCAGAGUGCGCGAGAAGCAAAUGGUGAAGGAGAUGCAGAAGAUGAAGAGGGCCGAAGCGAAGGAGGAAGUGACCAGAGACGUCACGGCCGACGUCUUCCUGACACCGGCCGAUGAGAAGCCCGUUUCCAUUCAGACAGAAGCACCCGCGCCGAAAGUGGUGAAGAAGAACAAACACAAAGCUUUCAAAAGGCAAAGGAUGGCUCGCAGGUAACUGGAAGGACUCGAUUACGCUGAGUGAACGGCUCACUGCUCCCAAUAUUGUCUCAAGAAAAUGUGGUAAAGCAACAGUGCAGUCAGGUCUGAAGUCCAAAAUUAGGAGAUUUCUGUUAGGUUACAAAAAGACAUAAAGGUGCGACAUGUCAUUUAAUUAUCACAGUUCAGUAAUGGAGAAAAUCUUCUAUGCACAUGUUCAACGUCUGUUGCCAUAGUUUGUGGAUUCACACUAUAUAUUUAGCUCCCUCCGGAGGGUCAUAAAGGUGUCCGCUUAUACAAUAUUGCAUAUUUCCCCAUCCUUUUUGAUAAAAAUGAAUAUUCAUCAGUAUAAAAAUAACUUGUUUAUUGAUUUUGAGUGACUACAGUUGUUUUCUAUGUCAUGAAAAUAAAACGAUUUAAACUUU